CUCAAGUCUGUGUCUUCCUCGUGUCUUUCAAGGAAACGGCAGUGAGUCUGAGGAGGAUCGCAGCGUGGGGAGCGUGGAGAACCAGGCCCUCCCCAGCACGCACAGGGUGCCCGACUCCAAAGUCCACCCCGUCCACACCAAGAUGGACGUCAUCAAGAAAGGCCACGCCAGGGACAGCCAGCGCUACAAAGUAGACUAUGAGUCCCAGAGCACCGACACCCAGAACUUCUCCUCCGAGUCCAAGCGUGAGACGGAAUACGGGCCCUGCCGCCGGGAGAUGGAGGAAACGCUGAACCACCUCAAGUUCCUGAACAUGCUCAGCCCCAGGGGCAUCCACAUCCCCAACUGCGACAAGAGGGGCUUCUACAAGAAGAAACAGUGCCGCCCUUCCAAGGGCAGGAAACGGGGCUUCUGCUGGUGCGUGGACAAGUACGGGCAGCCCCUCCCGGGCUUCGACGUGAAGGGGCGGGGUGACGUGCACUGCUACGGCAGCGUGGAGAGCAAGUAGAGGCGCCGCGGUUCAUGUGGAGCUCAAAUAUGCCUUAUUUUGCACAAAAGACUGCCAAGGACGUGAUCAGCAGCUGGCUACAGCCUCAAUUUUUAUUUCUUUUUGUGGUGAAUUGAUUUUUUGGGGGAGGGGGAACCAAAGUUUAGAAAGAGGUGUUUGAAAUGCCGAGUUUUCUUCUCAGUGGUGAGCUCAGCAUCUUUCCACUUUCUAGUAGUCAGUGAAACACAUUUCGAUUUUUCUUGUUGCUUCCUGUAAAGAUACUUGUCAGCUCAGGCACACGCUGUCUGUCCUGGUGCUGGUCCCGUGUGCCCCGCUGCCAUGUUCACCGACGCAGCCCACCUGCUGCUUCAUGCUUGUACAUGCCCGCUUUGUCCCCCUGCGAGAUGACACAGGCCACGUCAGGAAUGGGAACGCCCUGCACUCUGGGGCUUGCGUGUCCCAACACGCCCUCCUGGAGCUACAUCUUGGAGGCCAGGGCCAGGGUCCCUCGACCAAGAAGAUAUUUUGUAUUAUCUUCAAGGGACCUGCACUGCUUGGAAACUAGUGGAGAGAAUAAGGUGGAAUCUUACUAAAAAAAACAGAAAAGAAAAAAAAAUGACCAAGAAUGUUCUGGGGAACUCUGGGACUCUACCAAGGCGGGGAUUUCUGACCCUCCUUUGUCAUGCAGCUUCCUGAAGACACAGCCUUUGCUGAGGCCCUGUAGGGCAGGGGGACAGGGCAGCAGAGAGAGGCUCCGUUUUUUGAGGCAUCGCGAGUAAUGGCCCAGUUCUCCAAGUACUGCAGAAAAUCGUGUUUCCUGUUCAGCAGUUCAAGGGCAAGUUUGUUCUUGAGGACGAGCUUCUUAAAGGGAAAGGAGAUGUAUUUUCAUCUCUCCCCUUUUGUGCCCCUUGGUACAGUGUUUAAAAAAAAUCGUAAUGAUCCUGUCUAACCACGAGAGAUGAGGGGACCCUGAAAGCACCCAGAGGUGGCCGCGCCCACGGCACUUGGAACCCUCUUUCUAGUUCACACGUGCACAGAGGAGGAAGCCGUUCUUCGCGUCUGUUCACACAGGGUGCGUCAUCGUCCAGUAGGGUCCACCCGUACCAGAUAACCCUAGGAGAAGUGGUAGCAGUGCUGGAGGGUACCAACAUGGCCACUACCAGGGGUGGGGCCGGAGCAUGGGCCCGGCCGCUCUCCUGCCCGGGAGGCUGCCCCCAGGGUCGGGCAGCAGAGCGGGGAGGCGUCCCCGGCUCUGGCUGGGCCCAUGUGGCACACAGCCCUCCUUGGGAGACAGAGAUCGCGAGACGUUCUGCCUACCUAUUAGCUUUCCUUUAUUUUUGUAAUUAAGUUUUUGAGGAAAAAAGGUAUUUUUGAAAAGUUUCCCUGGCGAUGUAUUUAUAAACAGUAAAUAAAGUUUUUACCAUAAAGAAA